UUUACUGUCAAAUAUAUCCCGAUUUGUCGGAAACAUCUCAAGAAGACAUUCAUGUGAUCGCAAACAUGGAUCGAUGGGUUCUGAAAAUAAGUGACACAAAAGUAAACGAUUCGGGACUUUAUAGUUGUGAAGUGAAUUCAAUGCCCCGGCAGUCAGUGACUCGUGUUGUGUCCGUCAGUUAUCCGAAAACAGUUCAAAUGGCGUUUGAAAACAAGUCAAAAGUGAUUUCCGAUGAUUUCAAUCACGACUUCAGCGACUGUUGUGUCAAAGAAGGCAUUCCUUCGAUAUGUAAUGGAUUUUGUAAUUUUAAAGGAUUACUAACGCAAACACCGAAAGCGCAUAUAUUUGCCAUUUGCUACAGUCAUAUGACACAACUCGUCAAAUGUCUAACCGAUGGCCGCAAUCACAUCCCGUGCUGUGAGCGCCAGAAUAUUCCGCGCGUGUGUCACGGCUCGUGUGCCGGAAAGUAUACGUUGACGACCGCUCUUCAGCACGUGAUUUGCUUGGAUUACGCGACGCCCACUCUAUCGUGCAUUGCGGACGGCAUACAGACACUGCCGCCCCCACCCCGCGAGGUCACCGCUGAACCUAUCAGUACUUCCCAGAUUAAUGUCAAGUGGGAGAAGAAUACAGAGAAAAUGCAGUCAUUGAUAGACACAUAUGAACUGAAUGUAACGGAAUUGCAUUCAUUUGAUCCAAAGGACUGGUCUCUCACCAAGAAAAGCGAAAUAUCAAAACUGAUGAAACAAAUCCAAGGAAUUAACACUAAUCUAAAAACAUUCAAAAUCGAUGGCAACGCCACUGAGUUUACUGUAAAUGACUUAAAAGAGUCGACAAUGUAUGAGAUCUCCAUUAUGUCUAUCAAUAAGUUAGGCACAAGUGUUGUAACCAAUGAUAUACGAGUUGUCACUCAAUCACACGCUAUUCAUAACACCGAAAAAGAC